GAAGCUCAUGGCGAUAAUAAAUAAGAAGAAUAAGAUCUUAUUUAUUAAAUAAUUCAUAGUUUAAGGCAAAAGGUUUGAAAUUUGUAGAAAUGAUUUAAAAUGUAUUUACUGUAUUUAUUUUGAGUUCAUUCGUAAUAUAUAUAAUUAUUUCGUUAAUCUAUCUGAUACUGGAAAUAGUGUGUGUGUGUGUGUGUGUGUGUGUGUGUGUGUGUGUGUGUGUGUGUGUGUGUGGUUUGAGGUUUGAGUCUGAUUUCAGAUCAAGUCCUUUCUCUCUCCCGUGGUGUGAAGUACAGAAUUACAGGUUAAAGUGAGACACAGUCAGUCUCAGGGAAGCGGAAUUGUACCUGCCUUGUCGACCAAUAGGAGCCUGUGUGUGUGUGUGUGUGUGUGUGUGUGUGUGUGUGUGUGUGUGUGUGUGUGUGUGUGUGUGUGUGUGUGUGUGUGUGUGUGUGUGUAAAGAGAAAGCUCAGUAUCUGAGUAAGUGCAGGUGGAGUGUAGGGACAGUAGAAGGUAGCAAUAUGACUUCCCCCCGAACUCUGCGCCUUCAGACUCACUGGAUUACUCGCACACUGUUUGUGGUGGGAACGAAACUGAGAGUGAAUGUAACAAGUUGUGCCCCAUUAAACAGCAAGUUCUUCUCAGUGAAGUGCACCCCCAACGUGCAAUGCCAGGUUUUGUCUCAGGUGCCGGGUGGAAAUCCGCUCUUCUCCCCACAGCCGCUCAGCAAAAACUCUGUGCUCCUCGUUUCCAUGGACACUGCCAGCUCGGAGCCCGAUGAUAGCAAGCUGUCUGUGAGGUUCUACGGGGCAAAAUCAGAGCUGCUUGGAAAUGCUGUGGUACAUCUCACAGCUGUCGAGAUCUCCCUAGAUGUGGAUGCAGACCGAGAUGGUAUUGUUGAGAAGAACAAUCCAAACAAGGCUUCAUGGAAGUGGGGUCCUAAUGGACACGGUGCCAUUCUGCUCGUCAACUGUGACGCCGAAGCUUCCUACUACAAGAAAAUAGACAAUGAGAAUGAGGAGAUGGAUAACGUCUCAGAUUUGAAGGACAUGUCCAAGAUCAUCUUGCGUACCAACGGACCACCCGUGCUUCCGAAAGGCUAUAAAUUGAGCUUGCAUAUCUCUCAGACAGACGCUGAGAGAGUGAGGGUCUUCAGAAACAGGUCCACCAAGCAGACAGAGGCCUCUCUGAGCAAUAUUAUACUGGGUUUGUUUCAAAAGGAAUAUCCUUUAGUGCUGAAUAAAAAGCAACUGGCUAAUGAAGUCCCCUAUCAAGGUGGAAAGUCUGAACUAGUGUUCUAUGUCGAGGGCCUUCGCUUUCCAGAUAAUGACUUUGACGGACUACUUACGAUCAACCUAAGUCUUUUAGAGCCUGUUGCUGAGGGUUUCCCAGAGACCCCGAUUUUCACCGAUAAGGUUGUGUUCCGUGUUGCACCUUGGAUUAUGACACCCAACACUCUCAAACCUUUGAAAGUCUAUGUGUGCAAAACAGCCGAUAACUUCAAGGUUCUGAGCGGCAUAAAGCAACUGGUGCAAAAGGGUGGAUACCAACUGCAGAUAUGCCCUAUGUAUAAAAACCGAGGAGAUCGCUGGAUGCAGGAUGAGCUUGAGUUCGGCUAUAUUGAUUCCCCCCACCACGGAUUUCCUGUGGUCUUGGACUCUCCCCGGGAUGGAGAACUCAAGGAUUUCCCCUACAAGGACUUACUGGGUCCAGACUUUGGCUAUGUUACCCGCCAUCCUUUAAGAAAAGAGGUUAGCAGCUUGGAUUCGUUUGGUAAUUUGGAGGUAAGCCCUCCAGUCACUGUGAAUGGGAAGAACUAUCCACUGGGCCGGAUCAUCAUUGGUGUGGCCUUUCCUACCACAGAGAAUGGACGCAACAUGACAAAAGUGGUGCAGGACUUCUUGUGGGCUCAGAAGGUUCAGGAGCCCAUUGCUCUCUACUCUGAUUGGCUCUUUGUGGGUCAUGUGGAUGAGUUCAUGAGCUUUGUUCCAGCUCCUGACAGAAAGGGAUUCCGACUGCUGCUGUCCAGCCCUGCAGCAGCAUAUAAAGUGUUCAGGACAGUGCAGAAUAAAGGACAUGGGGAUGCUAAGAUGUUUCCAGGGACAGAGGAAGCGGUCAGCAUUGAUGAGAUCUUAAGCGACAAAGGGUUUCAAGAAGAAAACAAUUAUGUCCAGAGCUGCAUAGACUGGAACAGGGAUAUACUAAAGAAAGAGCUUGCACUGGAUGAAGAAGACAUUAUUGAUUUACCAGUCCUGUUUAAAUUGGUUCCUAAGGAGAAAAGAGCCGUGGCCUUUUACCCUGACAUGGUGAACAUGAUAGUACUCGGGAAGGACCUUGGCAUCCCUAAGCCUUUUGGGCCACAGGUGGAUGGUAAAUGUGCCCUAGAGACUGAGGUGUGCUCUCUGCUCAAGCCACUUGGCCUGAGCUGCAGCUUCAUUGAUGACUUUGCAUCAUACCACAAGCUUUUGGGGGAAGUCCACUGCGGCACAAACGUGCUCAGAGAACCUUUCACCUUUAAAUGGUGGAACCUCGAGCUGUGAGAAAGUACAGAGCAGUUGAAUAGAAAAAAACGUGCGAGUACGACACCAAGAACUGUUUUCAUUUCACUUAUUACAAACGUCGCUAAAGUAUUUCCCAGUCAUAUCAACAUUAUUUCCUAUAAUUACCAGUCUUUUAUUUAGCAAAAGUAUAAAGGCUUCAAAUGUUUUUGAAAGCAGGUGUUUAAAAAAAAAAAGGUUACCAUUUGUGUAAAAUACUUUAAUUAGAGAAUCUUUUGUAUGCCUGAUAUGACAUUUUUGAUUCAAGGGUUUCUUAUGUGACUGAAAUAGGUUUAUAAAUAAUAAGUAAAAACUGAGUUUAAAACCUUUUUGAUAAAUUGUGAAACAGUUCUUGGAGGAGCACUCGGAUGUUUUGCACACCACUGCAUUCCUGUUGCCUGCAAAAAAUAAAAAUAAAAUAAAUCACUUUUCAGUACAAUCUCUUUAAGCAAUUUAACAAACCCCUAAACUACAUUACCCAAGAAACCAGGUUUACCUACUGCAUUAAGCAACAUGACUAUCUAGCAAUCGCUGUGCCUGGAAAUCUGCGGUUUUUUUUGCACUCCUCCUGCAUUGUUGUUUUGUACUGCUUGAUUAAUUAUUACUAUUGAGGCCUUAUUAAUGAGACCUUUUGAAAUAAAAUGAUUGUGGUGUAUUGAUGAAUAAUACAGUGUAACCCAGCACGUUUUUACAGUGGAAAAAAUAAAACUUCUGAGCAUGC